AUGGAGGAGGACUUCGAGCGCGCGGUGGAGGACGGCCUCAGGCUCUCCAAGCGGCUCGUCCUCCCGGGCGGCGCGGCCCCGCCGCGCCCGCACGCCGGGAUGGACCGCUACGGCGCGCCGGACGCCGCGGCGGCGGCGUCGCUGCUGCCCGUGGCCCCCAUGGCCUACGCGGUCGUCACGGACCCCGCCGCCGUCGACAGCCCCGACGUGCCCAGCUACCAGCCGCACGUCUACGGCCGCCUCAGCCCACCCGCGCUCAUCCCGCUCCAGAUGCGCGAGGUCGAGCUGCGGGUGGACUGCGCCGCCGGGUGCGCCACCGCCCAGGUCACCCUCGUCGCGCGCUGGUGGCUGCACUGCCUCACCCGCAGCCGCGACUGCGACUGCCGCCUCGUCGUGCCCAUGGGCGAGGAGGGUUCAAUUCUAGGCGCUGAGGUUACUGUUGGAAAAAAAUCGUACAAUACUCAUGUAAUUGAUGUAGAUGGUAACAGUCCUGUGAAGAUUGUUAAAACUGAGAGUGGUGGUAUUCUGAAGAGCCAGUUUUUUCAAUUGACAAUACCACAGGUUGUAGGAGGAGAAGACAUCUUUGCCACAAUUAGAUGGUCACAGAAGUUGUUGUAUGAUAAUGGACAGUUUUCUGUUGAUAUUCCGUUUCGGUUUCCACAUUAUGUGAACCCUUUACCUAAACUUUUCACAAAAAAGGAGAAAAUUCAGUUAACUGUGAAUAGUGGUGUGAGUAAAGAGGUUUUAUUGCGGGGGACCAGCCAUCCCUUGAAGGAAAAAACCAGGCAGGGUGAGAAAUUGUUUUUCUUGCAUGAAGCUGUGGUUGAGAAUUGGUCUAUCAAAGAUUUCACCUUUUCAUAUAGUGUUUACUCAGGUGAUGUGUCCGGUGGAGUGCUUGUGCAGCGCUCAACAUUACGUGACUAUGAUGACAGAGACAUUUUCAGCAUUUUUCUCUUACCUGGAAAUAACCAGAACAGGAAGAUCUUCAGAAAGGCAGUUGUGUUUAUUGUUGAUACAAGUGGAAGCAUGCAAGGAAAGCCUAUUGAGAAUGUUAAGAAUGCCAUCUCAACUGCUGUCUCCGAGCUUGAGGAAGGAGAUUACUUCAACAUAGUAACAUUUAAUGAUGAACUUCAUUCAUUCUCAUCCUGUUUGGAGAAAGUAAAUGGCAAAACAACAGAGAAUGCAAUAAACUGGAUGAACUCAAAUUUCGUCGCCCAGGGUGGCACUGACAUCAUGCAUCCUUUGACCGAGGCAUUGGCGUUGCUGUCAGACUCUCAUGGCGCACUUCCACAAAUCUUUCUUGUGACCGAUGGUUCAGUUGAGGAUGAACGGAAUAUCUGUCACACUGUGAAAACUCAGCUCACAAACAAAGGAUCUAUUUCCCCUCGGAUUUCCACUUUUGGACUAGGUUCGUACUGUAACCACUAUUUCUUGCGGAUGUUGGCAUCAAUUGGCAAGGGGCAUUACGAUGCUGCGUUUGAUACAGAAUCAAUUGAGGGUCGAAUACUUCAAUGGUUCCAGAAAGCUUCAUCCACAAUCGUGGCAGACAUUUCAAUUGAUGUCACAAAGCAUACCCAAGAAUUUGAAGUGGAUUGUGAAUAUAUUCCUGACAUUUCAGCAAAAUAUCCAUUAUUUGUUUCGGGAAGAUUCCGAGGUGAACUGCCGGAAACUCUUUAUGCUGAGGGCUAUUUGUCUGACAUGAGUAAGAUAUCAAUUGAAUUGAAGGUCCAACAUAUAAAGGACAUACCUCUUGACAAAGUGUUGGCAAAGCAACAGAUGGACCUUCUAACAGCAAAAGCAUGGCUUUCUGAAAACAAGCAACUGGAGCAAAUGGUGGCAAAAAUGAGCAUGCAAAAUGGCAUUCCUUCGGAGUACACACGGACGGUCCUACUUCAAACCAUCAUGGAAAAAAUAGAUCCAGCACAACAGGGAAAACGGAAACCAAAGAAACCAGAGGAGCCUUCAGCGACGCCGCUGCAGGGCCUGACACUCGGCUUCGGCAACGUGCCGGCGACGACGGAGAACCUAACCUCGGGGUUCGGGGACAUGAGGGCGCCGGAUAAAUUCGAGAUGUUCGGGAAGGCGGUCGGCGGCUGCUGCGGCCGCGUGGCGGACAGCUGCUGCUGCUGCAUGUGCUUCAUCAACUGCUGCAGCAAGAUGAACGACCGGUGCGCCAUCGUGCUGGUGCAGAUGUGCGCCGCCCUCUCCUUCCUCGGCUGCUUCGAGUGCUGCACGGAGCUGUGCUGCGGCGGGGGCGGGUCCGAUUGA